AUGGCCGCGUCCCCCGGAGCGCCCCGGGCCCCCGCCGUCGAGGCGCCGCCGCCCCAGCCGGACGCGCGCACCUUGGACCGCGGCUCGGUUUCUGGAGGAGCCCUCGAGACAAAGGGACCUCAGGAUGCUUAUGGAGGCUCAGGAGGGUAUGGGCGACUGUUGUGUAUCUGCACAGGCUGGGGGCUUAGCUCCUGUGUUUCCCCCCAGGACAGCAGAGCUGGUCAGCUCUCAUUCUGUACCAAGGUGUGCUAUGGCAUUGGUGGGAUCCCCAACCAGGUGGCCUCCAGCGCCACAGCCUUUUACCUGCAACUGUUCCUGCUUGAUGUGGCACAGAUCCCUGCUGCCCAGGUGUCCCUUGUCCUAUUCGGAGGGAAGGUGUCUGGGGCAGCUGCCGACCCUGUGGCUGGGUUCUUCAUCAACAGAAGCAGGAGGACAGGGUCUGGACGCCUCAUGCCCUGGGUGCUGGGCUGCACGCCCUUCCUCACCGUGGCCUACUUCCUCCUGUGGUUCCUGCCCCCCUUCACCAGCCUGCGGGGCCUCUGGUACACGGGCUGCUACUGCCUGUUCCAGGCCCUGGCCACGUUCUUCCAGGUGCCCUACGCGGCGCUCACCAUGCUGCUGACGCCCUGCCCGAGGGAGCGGGACUCGGCCACCGCGUACCGGAUGACCAUGGAGAUGGCGGGGACGCUGAUGGGAGCCGCCGUCCACGGGCUCAUCGUGUCGGGCGCCCACGGGCCGCACAGGUGCGAGGACGUCGCGCUCGCCCGGCCGGCCGUCGUCUCCCCCGACGCGACUCGUCUCUACUCCAUUGCAGCCGCCGUGCUUGCUCUGACUUACCCUGUGUGCACUGGUUUGCUCUGCCUUGGGGUGAAGGAGCGACCAGACUCCUCCGGCCCAGCCUCAGGCCAAGGCCUGAGCUUCCUGGCUGGGCUGGGCCUCACUGUCCGGCACCGGCCCUACCUGAAGCUGGUCAUCUCCUUCCUGUUCAUCUCGGCAGCCAUUCAGGUGGAGCAGAGCUACCUGGUCCUGUUCUGUACACAUGCCUCCCGGCUACAUGAUCACGUCCAGGGCGUGGUGCUGACCAUCCUGGUCUCAGCUGUGCUGAGCACCCCACUGUGGGAGUGGGUUCUACAGCGAUUUGGGAAGAAGACAUCGGCCUUCGGGAUCUGUGUGAUGGUGCCUUUUGCAAUCCUGUUGGCUGCUGUACCCACAGCACCUGUGGCAUAUGUGGUGGCCUUUGUGUCUGGCCUGAGCAUUGCUGUGUCCUUGCUGCUACCCUGGUCCAUGCUUCCAGAUGUGGUGGAUGCCUUCCAGCAGCAGCAGCAGCCUGGCCCGGGCCUGGAGACCAUCUUCUACUCAUCCUAUGUCUUCUUCACCAAGCUUUCUGGUGCAGGCGCCCUGGGCAUCUCCACUCUCAGUCUGGAGUUUGCGGGCUACGAGGCAGGAGCCUGCACGCAGACGGAGCGGGUGGUGGUGACCCUCAAGGUCCUCAUCGGGGCCGUGCCCACCUGCAUGAUCAUCACCGGUCUGUGCAUCCUCAUGGUGGGCCCCGCACCAAAGGUGCCAAGCCAGGACCCCUCCCGCCGGCAGAGCCUUCAGAGGAGGACCAGCUACAGCCUCGCUUGAGAUCUGACCGUGUGUGGGCUGGAACCACAGGAGCCAGCGUCUUCUGGACUCAAAGUCCUUCUUUCUUCUCAGUCCCUUAGCACGCCCAUUUCAAGGGUUACAUGUGACCCAUCUUUCCCCCUGGGACAUGGAGUCUUCAGGGACAUCUCCUGAAGGGACUGGCCUGGGCCCCAGGACCCUCACCCGCCACUUCUUGCUUGUUGACCGCAGACCGUAUCCGACAGGCCUGUGCCCCGGACCACCCAGCUCCAGGCGGCUCUGACCUGGAAAGCAUCCCGAGAACAACUAUUCCUGGAAAAAGGAAGGCCCACCCCCUGCUUACCUGACAGGUCAGACACACAGAUGUCUUGCUCUUCCUGACACCCCAGUGGACACCUGUGAGGGAGGCUGACAGACACCACACGAACGGGCAGAGUGGGACAGAUGGACUUGUUGGGGAUGACAUCAGGAAAGAAGCAAAUAGAGACAUUGAGACCAACAGACCCCAGAAGGAGCAAAUGGGGACAGCAGCGGGGGAGGAGACCGAGCAGAGCACAAGAGGCGUUUCUCAAGGCUUUCGGGUCGUUCAGAUAAGCCGGCAACAGCUGAUACUGAGCUACCAAACAUCAAUCCCCUUUACGAACAGAAGUUAUUUUUGCGGAAAUAUUUUUCUGAAAUUGUAUCUUAUAAAAGCGCAGGAACCACAGUUUUCUAAAGGCCAUAUCUUUGGGGAAGAAAGAUCCACUGAGAUUUAUUUUUAAAAUACAUAUAUCUAUUAAAGGCUUUAUCUUCUA